AUGGCAACUGAUUUACCGACAGAAUGUUUACAUCAGAUUUUUAAUGAAAUGGGUGGAAAUAUACGAGUUCUUGUUCCCUGUCUGCUAGUAAACAAGCAUUGGUGCGCUAACACCGUUCCUGUACUCUGGCGACGACCACUAAGAUUAUUACAAGAAGAUGAAAGCUGCGGUAAAUUCACGGCAGAGCAACUUACAUCCAGAAAGGCAUCGCUGAUAUACGCUUAUUACAAAUGUCUUCCUUACAACAUCAAACAAAGUAUUUGUGUCAAUGAUUUCGCACAAUCAAUGCUGAUCGAAAGAGCAACUUUCGAUUAUCCGCGGUUCUUGGAGGAGCUGGACUGUCCCGUUAUACAACGUCUAGCAUUAAGUUUUGUAUCCAAGUAUCUGGUAUCGUCUUCGUUGGGUGAAUCAUUAUUAACAUUAUUACAAGGAAUAUUUGAAUUGUUGUUUUCUCGGAGCCAGGGAAUUCAACGGCUCAUAAUGCCUGCUCAUAGCUCAUAUUUUGUGUCAAUACCCAGCGUAUGCACUUCUCUUGUAAAACUUGAACAACUCUCUAUCGACUAUCGUAUGCCAGAAGAAAGUAUUACUCACCUUGCACAAAAUUCUAAAGAAAUACAGAAAUUAAUGAUACAAGGUCACAAGCAAGUCCCUAAAAAUAAAAUGAAUACUGAAACUCUCUUGUCAUUUAUAGAAUCACAACGGAAUCUUCAGGUGUUGGAACUUACAGGGUUCUUUGCCGAAGAUGCAUUAAAUGUCAAUCAGCAACUAAAAUCAAUGACGACCCUGAAAUGCAAUUGCUAUCCGAUUCCUGCGGAACUUAUUUUACAAUGCCCAAACAUUCAAACUCUUUUCCUUCCCUCGGACUAUAAGUGUUACGGUCAUGACAUUGAAACCCAGUUACUUCCACUCAUAGAUCAAUCCUUUCCUAAACUUAGUAAGAUUACAUGCGUAGUAACAAAUGAUUCGCUUUCUCCAUUGACUAUUAUAUUAUCAAGGAUAAAGGCUCCACUGAGAUGUAUCAAUAUAGAAUUACCACAUUUCGUGUAUCGCGGAAAUCUUAUGCCACUAGCUAAUGCUAUCUCAAUUUAUAAAGAAAGACUUCAUCAAAUCGAAUUUCCGAUAACAUCAAUGUGUAUUGAACCUAUUCUUUAUAUUCUGAGGAAAUGUCAUCAGCUCGUUUCGGUAACUAUCAAGUGUAAUGAUAGGGGGUCAGCAACAUCAGAGCUCUAUGAACAUGUUGGAAGAUGCGGAGGAAGAAAGAUCAAAGAGUGGAUAUUUGAUCUGCCUCCUGAGAGCGUGCCUUCAGCGUCGGCUCUUGAUCAUUUCAUUACAAGGAGGAAAGAAUUCGGACAGUCGUUCAGCAUUAUCGUGUAUAAGAAUUGGUGGGAUGCUGCCCAUUUCACUAUUUUGCGACAUCAUGGAAUCAGCCAAGGCAAGUAUAUAUGUUUUCAAGAUUGGACAUAA